AUGCCGGUACGAUAUCGUCGAAAGCGUAUUUUGAUUAUAUCUAUUGUAUCAAUUAUUAUUAUUAUUUAUUUAACUAAAAACCGUUCAGAAAAUCAGACUGAUGGUGGACAUGAUGAUUCAUCUAAUAUAGAAAUAAAACGAAAGGCAAAACGAUUUGUUGAUAAAAUAAUUCAUAGAACUACUACGGUGACAUCAACUACCCAACUUCAAUCCCGAACAGUACGCGAAGAAAUUAUUGAAAUUGAUGGAAAAAAAUUAAGAAAGAUUGAUUGGCAUGAUUAUGAAUUGAUUGAUCGUGAAAAUGCUCGGCAAGGAUUAGGUGAAAGAGGUACAGGAGUUGAACCAAGCGCACAAGAACGUAAUAGUCCACAAUUUAAACAACUUUAUGGAGAAAAUGGUUUUAAUGCUUUUAUUUCGAAUAAUAUUUCACUUGAUCGUUCAGUUAAAGAUAUUCGUCAUCCUGACUGUAAAAACAAAUUGUAUCUAGCUGAAUUAUCUACUGUUAGUAUUAUUCUUCCUGUUCAUGAUGAACAUUUAACUACAUUACUUCGAUCAAUACAUAGUAUAUUAAAUCGAACACCGGCGAAACUUUUGCAAGAAAUCAUUAUUGUAGAUGAUGCAAGUGGAAAAGAGGAAUUGAAAGCAGCACUUGAUGCUCAUAUUGCUAAUCUAACGAAGACACGUAUUAUUCGUCUUCGUAGACGUGAAGGUCUUAUUCGUACAAGAUUAGCAGGUGCACGUGAAGCAAAGGGUGAAAUACUCAUUUUCUUUGAUUCACAUAUCGAAGUUAAUAUCAAUUGGCUACCACCAUUAAUCGAACCGAUUGCAUUAAAUUAUAAAACAAGUGUUUGCCCAUUUAUAGACAUUAUUAAAUGGGAAAAUUUUGCUUAUACAGCUCAAGAUGAAGGUGCUCGUGGUGCUUUCGAUUGGAAUAUGUUUUAUAAACGAUUACCUUUGUUACCUGAGCAGGCACAAAAUCCAACAGAACCAUUCGACGAUCCAGUCAUGGCUGGUGGUCUUUUUGCAAUCAGUAAAAAAUGGUUUUGGGAAUUAGAUGGUUAUGAUGAAGGUCUCGAUGUAUGGGGUGGUGAGCAAUAUGAAAUGUCAUUUAAAAUUUGGCAAUGUGGUGGACGGCUUAUUGAUGCACCAUGUUCAAGAGUUGGUCAUAUUUAUCGGCAAUUUAAUCCACAUGGUGGUUUUUCAUUUGGUGAUUAUUUAUCAAGAAAUCAUAAACGAGUAGCAAUGGUUUGGAUGGAUGAAUAUGCUGAAUAUGUUUACCAACGAAAUGGACAUAUGAGAAAUGUAAACCCAGGUAGUGUCAAAAAACAACUUGAACUACGUAAAAAACUGAACUGUAAACCAUUUAAAUGGUAUAAAUGUUAUAUUUUUUCUUGUUAUUUCAAUGAUGAAUUUAUUGUUGGUUUUUUAUAUGAUAGGUUUAUGGAAAAUGUUGCAUUUGAUUUAUCUAGAUAUUAUCCACCUGUUCCAUUACCUCCAUUUGCUAUGGGAGAAAUUCGAAGUAUGAAUAAUACUCUAUGUAUUGAUACUAAACAUGGUGGUGAGCAUGCAACAUUUGGUCUUGAUCUAUGUCUCAGAGAUCAUCAAGGUCGAAGUGGUGAACAAGAUUUUGAGCUUAGUUGGCGUCAAGAUAUUCGACCCAAAGGUCGUGAAUUUUGUUUUGAUGUACCUAAAAGAAGCCAACGCGCACCUGUUGUGUUAUUUACUUGUCAUGGUAAUACUAAAAUUAAUUUUUGUCUAUUCAAUUUAAUUUCAUUACAUAUAUCAAUAGGUAUGCGUGGUAAUCAACAUUUUGCAUAUAAUAUCAACACUUAUCAGAUUCUACAUGUAUCCACACUUUUGUGCUUGGACUGUGAUUUAGAAAGUAAACAAAUUUUUAUGGAACAAUGUAAUACAAAAAGUAUCACCCAACGAUGGACUUUUUCUUCGUAUAACGCAACACUAAUACUUAAAGAGAUGAAACAAUUUUUUGGAUCAUAG